AUGGUCAAUCCCACUGACCUCAGGGCAUAUUUUGACGCCUGCACUGAAUACCGGCUAAACGGCAUCUGCACACCAUUCUGGAUGGACUGGCCGCUCGCUGAUCCCUCAAUCUUCCUGAUGUCAGAAGCACUGCAUCAUUGGCACAAGGAGUUUUUCAACCAUGACUGUCAGUGGUGUCUAGUAGCUGUUGGUGCCUCAGAACUUGAUUUCUGGUUCUCGAUCCUACAGCCUGUCACAGGGAGAGGUCACCAUGAUAUCCAAUGCUACAUCAUUGGCCUGACAUCCGGUGCAGCCCCUCAUUGUUUUGUCAUCGCAAUCCGUGCCCUUAUGGAUGUUCAAUAUUUGGCACAGAGCCCUGCUUCCGAUGAUGACUUAUUGGCAAGUAUUGACCAAGCCCUUUGCACUUUCCAUGAAAAUAAGGACAUCAUCAUGACUUUGGGCGCGCGGAUGGGAACCAAGAAGCCUAUUGAUAACUGGUUUAUUCCCAAACUAGAAUUUCUUCAGAGCAUCACUUUUGGCACACGCAACAUGGGUGCUCUGAUUCAGUGGUCUGCAGAUGUGACCGAGCACGCCCAUGUUUCAGAAAUCAAGGACCCCACACGUCAUACCAAUACACUGGAAGCAUGA